AUGGACAAGAUUGCAGAGCUCAAAGAAAGAGAUAUAUCGAAGAUAAUCUUCCCUACGAUUGGCCACUUCGCUCCGUUGUUGGAAGAGAAAAGAUCCUUGAUUCUAUCGACUGCACGAAGGACCUUCAAGUACGGUUCUACAGACAGGCAUAAGCUGGAUGUAUACUACCCCGCAGAGCCUGCAGCUGGGAAAACGCCAAUCCUGUUCUUCGUAUAUGGAGGAGGAUACGCCACAGGCUCCAGAACCCUACCGGCCCCAGCAGACUUGGCUUAUGCCAACGUUGGCGCGUACUUCUCUCGCAAAGGUUUCAUCACCAUUAUUCCCGACUACCGAUUGAGUCCCGAAGUCACUUACCCAGCCCCCACGGAAGACGUUCGGGACGCAAUUGUGUGGAUCACCGAAAAUUCACACUCCCUUGUUCAUGAAAACGUCGUCGAUAUCGAUCUCGACUCUUUGUUCAUUAUGGGUCAUUCUGCUGGGGCCUUGAAUGUAGCUACGAUGGUAUUGCUUUCUCUUCUUCCCGAAAACGUUGAGUCGAAGGUCAAAGGGAUUAUCCUGAUUUCUUGUCCAUAUACCUGCGAUAUGGAAAGAGUAGGGCCUACAUUCGAUCCAGAGGUUGCAACCCAGUUCUUUGGUAGCCUGGACAAGGCAAAGGAAAACACUCCGCUGUCUUUGCUGCAGGGCAUCCCAAAAGACAAAGUUUCCAUAUUUGACCGCGUUUUGUUGGCGGAAUCGGAAAGGGAUCCAGAGCCGUUCCUUCGGACUGGGGAACUAUUCCAAGAUGCUUUAUCAACUCUCAUGGACAAGAAAGUACCCAAGAUCAUCGCUGCUGGCCAUAAUCAUAUUAGUAUAACAUUCGCCCUCAUGUCUGGGCAGGGUGAACGAUGGGCUGAGGAGGUGGUCGAUUGGAUGAAAGCGGCAGUCUGA